AUGUUUGCUUUCUUUUCUUCUUUUCACCUCUUCCUUCUUAGAAAGGUGCAGUUACUGCCUUUCCUUUUCUAUUCUCUCUUUCUCUCUCUCUCUCUCUCUCAGGAAGAUGCACCUCCGACUACACUGUCAGUUCUCAAUAUGAAGAACAACCUGACCAGUAGCGAGGUACGAGAUUCAUUCUUGAAUUUCUUCAAGGAAAAAGACCACGAAUAUGUCCACUCAUCAAGUGUGGUACCACAUGAGGAUCCGACUUUGUUAUUUGCCAAUGCAGGCAUGAACCAGUUUAAACCCAUUUUUCUGGGGACUGUGGACCCUUCCAGCGACAUGGCUAAAUGGACACGAACUAUGAAUACACAGAAGUGCAUUCGGGCUGGUGGCAAACACAAUGAUCUUGAAGAUGUUGGAAAAGAUGUAUACCAUCACACAUUCUUUGAAAUGUUGGGUAAUUGGUCUUUUGGAGAUUAUUAUAAGAAAGAGGUGUGCUGCUGGGCUUGGGAAUUUCUCACAGAACGACUUGGCCUGGAUAAAGAUCGCCUCUAUGUAACAUAUUUUGGUGGCAAUCCUGAUGGCGGUUUGGAACCUGAUAAUGAAUGUAAAGAAAUAUGGAUGAAUCUUGGCUUACCUGAAGAACGCAUUCUUCCGUUUGAUGCAAAAGACAACUUCUGGGAAAUGGGAGACACGGGACCUUGUGGCCCCUGCUCUGAAAUACAUUUUGAUAGAAUUGGAGACCGUGAUGCCAGCCAUUUAGUUAAUAUGGAUGAUUCCAAUGUAUUGGAAAUUUGGAAUUUAGUGUUCAUUCAGUACAACAGGGAACCUGAUCGUAGUUUGGUAAACCUGCCCAAGAAACACAUUGACUGUGGCAUGGGAUUUGAACGACUUGUAUCUGUGAUACAAGAUAAAUCAUCUAACUAUGACACUGAUGUAUUUAUGCCUCUGUUUGAUGCCAUUCAAAAGGGGACAGGUUCUCCAGAAUAUAGAGGUAAAGUUGGAGCAGAUGAUGUGGAUGGUAUUGAUAUGGCUUAUCGGGUUCUUGCUGAUCAUGCCCGGACAUUGACCAUUGCAUUAUCAGAUGGAGGUCGACCUGACAGCACUGGACGGGGCUAUGUUCUCAGACGCAUCUUGAGAAGAGCUGUACGUUAUGGAACUGAAAAAUUAAAUGCUAAACCAGGAUUCUUUGCUUCUUUGGUUGAUACAGUUGUAUCAUUGCUGCAAGGGACAUUUCCCGAAGUGGCUAAAGACCCACAAAUGAUCAAAGACAUCAUAAAUGAAGAAGAAAGUCAAUUUCUUAAAACUUUGUCUCGAGGUCAACGAAUGCUUCAAAGAACAAUGAGCAAAUUGGCUGAUGAGAAAUUCCUGCCAGGUGAAGUUGCCUGGAGAAUGUACGACACCUAUGGUUUUCCUAUUGAUCUGACUCAACUUAUUGUUGAAGAACAUGGCAUGUUAAUCGAUAUGGAUGGCUAUGAAGAAGCACGUAAAGCAUCUUUGUUGGCUUCACAGGGGGGUGGAGGUACUACUACCCAAAUGGUCAGUCUAGAUGUACAUGCAUUAAAUGACCUUCAAUCAAAAGGAAUUCCUCCAACAGAUGAUUCUCCAAAAUAUAAAUACACUGCAGAUGAAAAUGGAAAUUAUGUUUUUGAACCCAAUUCUGGGAACGUGAUUGCUCUGAGAUUGCAUAAGGAAUUUGUUGAAGAGGUUCCAGCAGGUGUUGAAUGUGGCAUCUUACUUGACAGUACCUGUUUCUAUGCUGAACAAGGAGGACAAAUUUAUGAUGAAGGCUUCCUGACCAAAGAAGAGGAAGAGGAAGAUGGCUUUUUAGUGAAAAAUGUACAAGUUUAUGGAGGAUAUGUGCUUCACAUCGGUGUUACUGAGGGUGUAAUCAAGGUUGGUGAUGUCUUGAAACAGUCAAUCUUUGAGUCCAGAAGAGAAGCAAUCAUGAAGAACCACACUGGUACACAUAUGUUGAAUUAUGGUCUUCGAAUAGUUCUACAGGAAGCUGACCAGAAAGGAUCUCUUGUGGCACCAGACCGACUUCGCUUUGACUUCACUGCCAAGAAAAAAAACACUUUCUUAUUGUCUGUUAGAAUGCCACCUCUGUCUUUUUUUUUCUGUUUUUUUUUCCUUUUUUUCUCCUUUUUUCUUUCCUUUUUUUUUCCAUUUCUCUUUCCUUUUUUUUUUCCAUUUCUCUUUCCUUUUUUUUUUCCAUUUCUUUCCUUUUUUUUUUUUUCCAUUCCUUUUUUUUUUUUUUUUCCAUUUCUCUUUUUUUUUUUUUUUCCAUUUCUCUUUUUUUUUUUUUUCCAUUUCUUUUUCCUUUUUUUUUUUUUUCUUUUCCUUUUUUUUUUUUUCCAUUUCUCUUUUUUUUUUUUCCAUUUCUCUUUUUUUUUUUUUUUUUCCAUUUCUUUUUUUUUUUUCCUUUUUUUUUUUUUUUCCAUUUUUCUUUUUUUUUUUUUCCAUUUUUCUUUCUUUUUUUUUUCCAUUUCUCUUUCCUUUUUUUUUUUUUUCAUUUUUUUUCCUUUUUUUUUUUUUUUCCAUUUCUCUUUCCUUUUUUUUUUUUCCAUUUCUCUUUCCUUUUUUUUUUUCCAUUUCUCUUUCCUUUUUUUCCAUUUCUCUUUCCUUUUUUUUUUCCAUUUUCUCUUUUUUUUUUUUUCCAUUUUUUUUUUUUUUUUUUUUCAUUUUCUUUUUUUUUUUUUUCAUUUUUCUUUUUUUUUUCCUUUUUUUUUUUUUUUUUUCUUUCCUUUUUUUUUUUCCAUUUCUUUUUUUUUUUUUCCAUUUCUUUUUUUUUUUUUUUUUUUUCCAUUUUUUUCUUUCCUUUUUUUUUUUUUUCCAUUUCUUUUUUUUUUUUUUCCAUUUCUCUUUCCUUUUUUUUUUUUUUUUUUUUUUUUUUUUUUUUUUUUUUUUUUUCCAUUUCUCUUUUCUUUUUUGGUUUCCAUUUCUCUUUUCCUCAUUGUUUUUUUCCUAUUUUUGGGAGCCAUGACUGUAGACCAAGUGCGCAAGACUGAGGAGCAUGUCAAUGAAAUGGCUUCACAGAAUGCUAUUGUGUAUGCAAAGGAGGCUGAAUUGUCUGUUGCCAAAUCUAUUCAAGGUUUACGUGCCAUGUUUGAUGAGGUAUACCCAGACCCUGUGCGAAUUGUGUCCAUUGGAAUUCCUGUGGAAGAUCUUGUUGCUGACCCAAUGGGACCUGGAGGUACCAAAACAUCUGUGGAGUUUUGUGGAGGAACCCAUAUUCAAACAUCAAAGCACAUUGGGGAAAUGGUGAUUGUGUCUGAAGAAGCAAUUGCCAAGGGAAUCAGAAGAAUCAUUGCUGUUACUGGCACAGAAGCUGCUAAGGCUAACCAUAAAGCAUCAGUGUUGGAAGAGGAAGUGACCACUCUUGGUACCAAGGCUAACAAUCCAGAAUGUAAUGACCGCCAGGUGUCCAAAGAAGUCACUCAACUUGAUGAGAACAUCACUCAAUCUGGGAUCUCCCACUGGAAAAGAGAUGAGCUUCGUUCUAAACUAAAGGACAUCAAGAAGGUUUUGGAUAACCGGGACAAAGCAAGAAAAAAUGCCAUUCUCAAUGAGGUUCUGGAAGAGGCAAAGAAGAUGAUUGCUGAAGAAGGUGAUUCUGUUCCAUUCAAAGUUCAUGAAUUCAAGCCUGGUUCAAAUGCAAAGGCUUUAGAUUCUGCAAUUAAACAAUACAAGAAUCUCAGUCCCCAGACUGCCGUAAUCUUCUUUGCGGUUGACGCUGGAAAAGUUUUGUGCAUGAGUUAUGUACCCAAGGAAAAGACCAAUUCCUUGAAAGCCAAUGAAUGGGUGAAGUCCGUAACCCCUUGUAUAAAUGGCAAGGGGGGUGGUAAAGAUGUAUCUGCACAAGCAACAGGGACCAAUGUCGGAGCUGUCAAGGAUGCAAUCGAUCUGGCAUAUAAAUUUGCUGACAUGAAUCUAGGUUCUUGA